AGGAGCGCCCGGAUUGGAGAGAGGAGCGAGGCAGAGGAAUCGAAAAAAAAAAAAAAAAGGAAAAGGGAAAAAAAAAAAAAAAAAAAAAAAGCAAGCAGCCAGCCCAAUCGGCUGGAGAGGCUCGUGUGUGUUUGCCCUUUCCUCAUGACGUCGUGUCCUGUGCCUCUCUCCCCCCUUUUCCCCUCCCUCCUUCCAACCCCCCCCCCUUCCCCUCGCAUCCUUGGAAGCAACAAUUAAGCAGCUCUGGGAUAAAACACACAGCCUGCGGGAGCACGGGGGCAUUGCUUCAAGAGAUGGCAAGGCAGGCAGCUGCACCCCUCCUUCCCGGAGUCCUCCUCCUCCUCUUCUCCAUCCUCCCGGCUUCUCAGCAAGGAGGGGUUCCUGGUGCUAUCCCGGGAGGGGGGGUCCCAGGAGCAGGUUUUUUCCCAGGUGCUGGACUCGGUGGUUUGGGAGCAGGACUCGGGGCUGCAGGAAAACCUCCCAAACCAGGGGUCGGAGGCCUCGGGGGACUGGGCCCACUUGGCCUGCAGCCAGGUGCUGCGGGUCUCUUUCCCGGAGGCGCCUUCCCCGGCGGCGUCUUCCCUGGUGCUCCCUCCGCCGCCGCGCUUAAAGCUGCUGCGAAAGCUGGUGCUGGUAUUGGUGGCGUGGGUGGACUUGGUGUUCCUGGUGCACUUGGUGUUCCUGGCGCACUUGGUGUUCCUGGUGGCCUCGGGGUUCCUACAGGUGCGGUGGUACCAGGCGCGGUGCAACCCGGGGUUGGUGCAGCAGCGAAACCCCCCAAAAUACCAGGUGCUGGGAUUCCUGGAGCUUUCCCGGGCGGUGUCCUCCCUGGCGCAGGUGUCCGAUUCCCUGGCGUAGGCGUGCUGCCCGGGGUACCCACAGGUGCUGGAGUCAAGCCCAAAGGUCCAGGAGCAGGAGCCUUCGCAGGAAUCCCUGGACUGGGAGGUUUUGGAGGUCAGCAGCCCGGUGUCCCUCUGGGGUAUCCCAUCAAAGCUCCUAAGCUCCCAGGUGGCUAUGGAUUGCCUUACAGCACUGGCUUCGGGCCCGGCGGGAUUGGAGCCGGCAUCGGGGCGGCAGGGAAGGCAGGGUACCCCACCGGGACAGGAGUCGGAGCACAAGCGGCAGCAGCGAAAGCAGCAGCGAAAUAUGGAGCCGGCGUCCUCCCAGGAGUCGGAGGAGUGGUACCCGGUGUCGGCGUUGCCCCAGGAGCGGUACCCGGCGCUGUCCCAGGAGUGGUACCUGGUGUCGGGGUUGUCCCAGGAGUUGGAGUUGGAGGGCCGGCAGCAGCGGCAGCAGCGGCAGCAAAGGCAGCAGCGAAGGCAGGAGCUCUUGCUCCAGGAGUGGUGCCCGGGGUCGGCGGUGUCCCAGGUGUCCCCGGCGUUGUGCCUGGUGUUGGUGCUGUCCCCGGUGUUGGCGCUGUCCCCGGUGUUGGUGCUGUCCCCGGCUUGGUGCCCGGUGUCGGAGGUGUCCCCGGGGUGGCAGGAGUCGUGACGCCCUCAGCAGCGGCGGCAGCAAAGGCAGCUAAGUACGGAGCUGGUGUUGGCAUUCCUGGCAUUGCUGGUGUUCCUGGUGUUCCUGGCGUUCCUGGCGUUCCUGGUGUUCCUGGUGUUCCCGGUGUUCCUGGUGUCCCUGGUGUCGCCGGUGUGCCCGGUGUGCCUGGUGUGCCUGGUGUGGUGCCCGGUGUUGGAGUGGGUGUCCCAGAUGGUGCGGCAGCUGCAGCAGCCGCAGCAAAGGCUGCAGCGAAAGCUGCGGCAUUCGGAGCAGGGCGUGUGCCCGGUGUCAGUGUGCCCGGUGUUGGCAUUCCUGGUGUCGGUGUCCCCGGUGUUGGCGUGCCUGGUGUCGGUGUGCCCGGUGUCGGUGUGCCUGGUCUGGUGCCCGGAGUUGUACCAGGAGUUGGAGCUCCAGCAGCCGCCGCUGCUGCCAAAGCAGCCGCCAAAGCAGCCAAGUACGGAGUGGGUGGCCUGGCUCCUGGCGUGGGUGGCCUGGCUCCUGGCGUGGGUGGCCUGGCUCCUGGCAUAGGCGGUCUAGCUCCUGGCGUGGGUGGCCUGGCUCCUGGAGUGGUACCUGGCGUUGGUGUCCCAGGGGUGGGAGCUCCAGCCGCAGCAGCAAAAGCAGCAGCAAAAGCAGCCAAAUUCGGUGCUGGAGUUGGAGGGGUGCCAGGUGCGGUUCCUGGUGUCCCCGGAGUGCCAGGAGUGCCAGGAGUGACACCUGGCGUCGGUGCCGUGCCUGGAUUGGUGCCAGGUGUGGGGGUACCUGGUACUGGCAUCCUCCCCGGGGCAGGCAUCCCCCAAGUAGGGGUUCAACCUGGUGCUAAACCUCCCAAAUUCGGUGUUCCCGGGGUUGGAGUCCCAGGAGUCGGUGGCAUCCCAGGUGGCCUUGGAGUCGGUGGCCUUGGAGUUGGUGGGCUCGGUGCUGGAGCCUUGUUUCCAGGAGCUGCUGGGAAACCUCCCAAGCCAGGUUUUGGCAUUGGGGGGCUGCAGCCAGGGGUUGGAGUUCCGGGCUUUGGCGUGUCACCGAUAUUUCCAGGUGGGGUUGCUGGCCAGCUGGGAUUCGGUGGGAAGCCCCCCAAGACCUUCGGAGGAGCCCUGGGUGCCCUGGGCUUUAGAGGCGGCGUGGGCUGCGCACAAGGGAAGUACUGUGGGAGGAAGCGGAAGUAACCGUCCGCCAGUCAUCGAUGACCUCAUGAACUUUGGUGCUACUGCAUGGUCCAGAAUGUAAAUCCCAAGCAAAGCUGAGACAUCCCCCACCUCCCCAAAAACCCCGGACCGUCCCCCCCACGCCGGGGCCAUCCCCAGGCCCACAUUCCCAGGAGGGACCGUCCCCCCCACCAGCCCCUCUGGCCCGCGGGGAGUGCGGAAUAAACUGCGGGGAGCAGCCGUCCCCCUUGGUGCUAUCGCUCCCUGCGGGAUUUGGGGGAGGGUCUUGGGGUGUCAGCCCCCCCCCAGCACCAGAGCUGACCCCGCCGGGGGGGAGGGUCAGGAUGAGGGGCACCCCACAUUGGAAGGAGGGAGGGAAGGGGGUCCCAGCGGCGGGGACUGCGUAGGGGGGAUGUCCCUGUCGCCCGAGGGUCCCCCCCCAGUCCCCAUGGUCCCCCGGCCCGGGGGGGCUGCGGGUGGGAGGGGCUCAGUCCCUUCAUGUUACUCACUUUGCUAUAACUGGGUGGGAUGCCCUGUGCAGAGGGACUCGCUUCCGACAGAUUAAUAAAGGACAAGUUUUUAAAGGA